AUGGCAGAAAAUGCCUUACCUCUUGCAGAUGCUGCAACUAUAGUGCGAGCUCACCAGAAAGAUGCAUACUUUGAAACAUCAUUUCAAACACAAUUGCAGGAAGUAUUGCAUAUUUUUAAGGGUUCCAGAUUCAUAAAUACACACCCAGAAGAGAUAGCAGUUGCAGCCAAGGCAAUAUACCUUUCGCUCACCACCUUAAUUGCCAAAAGAACGCUUGGUGAAGAAUAUGUUGAUCUUAUUUAUGUCAAUAGGAAAGGUACGAGGUUCCCCAAAAUAUUGUUAAGGAUAGGAUUCAUAUUAAGUUAUGCAGUGGUUCCUUAUUUUUUGACCAAGCUAAUAAGGAGGCUAGGGCUCUCCAGAAGUGACGAUGAAGACGAUGGAGACGAUGACGAUGACGAAGAAAAUAAAUCGAAAUCAUUUUGGUCCAUGUACCCCAAGGUUUUAGAUGUAAUAAUGAACUUGCACAUCGCCAUUUUUUAUUUCCAAGGUGAAUUCUAUUCGCUCUCCAAGAGAAUUUUUGGGUUGAGGUAUGCGUUUGGCCAUAAUAAGGACCCUAAGAAAUUGGCCAAGUCCGGGAACUAUUCCUUCCUUGGUGGACUUAUAUUACUUCAGUUCUUGGUGAAGUCCAUAUUGAAACUUAAAACCUAUAAUGACACACAAAGAGAAAAAAGACAGACACAGAAGAAGGGAGGUGAUUUGGAUCACGGCGAAGCAUUACUGAACGACUUUUCAAAAUUUAAACAGUUGGAGAAAGUUGGACAAUUUGUGGCGAAAAGGAAGGAUUUGCAAAUAGAACUCAGCGAUCCGAACCAAUUACCCUACAUUCCAGAGGAUUCGAGAACAUGCAUGUUGUGUUUGACAGAAAUGACCAACCCAGCAGCUGCAAAUUGCGGCCAUUUCUUUUGCUGGACUUGUAUAGUAGACUGGAUAAGAGAACACCCCGAGUGUCCAUUAUGCAGGCAGCUGUGUACUGAACUGAAUUUGCUUCCGUUGCGAUAG